CGUCCCUCGCGCAUGCGCCCCGCGGCCCGGGCUGUGGCUCCCCGGCUGGUGUGUGCGGCGGGUGCUGGCCAUGGAGUCCUACGACGUGAUCGCGAACCAGCCCGUGGUGAUCGACAACGGCUCAGGUGUGAUUAAAGCAGGUUUUGCAGGGGAUCAAAUACCGAAGUACUGUUUUCCAAACUAUGUGGGCAGACCAAAGCACGUGCGUGUUAUGGCUGGUGCUUUAGAAGGAGACAUUUUCAUCGGGCCAAAAGCAGAGGAGCACAGAGGCCUCCUCUCAAUCAGAUACCCCAUGGAGCAUGGCAUCGUGAAGGACUGGAAUGACAUGGAGCGCAUUUGGCAGUACGUGUAUUCAAAAGACCAGCUUCAGACCUUCUCGGAGGAGCAUCCUGUGCUCCUGACGGAGGCUCCCCUGAACCCCCGUAAGAAUCGAGAGCGAGCUGCCGAGGUUUUCUUUGAGACCUUCAAUGUCCCGGCGCUGUUCAUCUCCAUGCAAGCUGUACUCAGCCUCUACGCGACGGGCAGAACCACGGGGGUGGUGCUGGACUCCGGGGAUGGCGUGACUCACGCCGUCCCUAUUUACGAGGGCUUCGCAAUGCCUCACUCCAUCAUGAGGAUUGACAUCGCCGGCCGCGAUGUCUCCCGCUUCCUUCGCCUCUAUCUCCGGAAAGAAGGCUACGACUUCCACACCACGUCGGAGUUCGAGAUCGUCAAGACCAUCAAAGAGCGUGCCUGUUACCUGUCAAUAAACCCGCAGAAGGAUGAGACGUUGGAGACCGAGAAAGCCCAGUACUACCUACCGGAUGGAAGCACUAUUGAGAUUGGCCCGGCCCGUUUCCGAGCCCCAGAGCUGCUGUUCCGGCCAGACCUGAUCGGAGAGGAAUGCGAAGGGCUCCACGAGGUGCUGGUCUUCGCCAUUCAGAAAUCUGACAUGGACCUGAGGCGAACGCUCUUCUCCAACAUCGUGCUGUCCGGCGGCUCCACGCUCUUCAAAGGUUUCGGCGACAGGCUCUUGAGCGAAGUGAAGAAGCUGGCCCCCAAGGACGUCAAAAUAAGGAUAUCCGCUCCUCAGGAGAGGCUAUAUUCCACAUGGAUUGGGGGCUCCAUCCUGGCCUCACUGGACACCUUCAAGAAAAUGUGGGUUUCAAAGAAGGAGUAUGAAGAAGACGGAGCCCGCGCCAUCCAUCGGAAAACCUUCUAGUCCUGGGCUGCGUCCUGGGUCUCUUCAGAGACUCGCUCCACUUCUAAACUCGCUUUUCUGAGUCCGGGUGUCUGUGAGGAGCUGCCUCUGUGUGUGCGUGUGCGCCAGCAUGCCCCAAAUGUCACUGAGCAAGGAGGGGAGGAACAGGAGGACAUGAGGACGAUCAUUAUUGUUGUUACUUUAGCGGGGGGACAUUGGCCUGAACUUCUCCAGAAUGACCCAUUGCUCUUUUCUUUUCUUUCUCAUCUCUAAUUUUGAUAUUGUGGCCACAGCCCUUGCUCUAGAGAAAGGGAACAGCUUAGUGAACUCGCCAAAAGGGAGCUGACAGCUGCUGACCACCCAGUCAGAUGCUAGCUGGGGAGCCCUACACCCCACCCGGGAGCAUCUGAGCCCUGGGAAUCCAUAGCAGAGCCCCUUUAGGUCCCGGCUCUGGGUCAGCAGGAAGCAUCCCGCACUGGCCUGUUCAUUUUGGGGGAUUUUUUAAGUUGUUUUUAUUUUUAUUUUUUAUAAGGAAUAGCAUAGCAGGAGCGGCGCGUGAAUCUGUAGCCUGAUGCGUGGGGUCCGGACAGCGGCUGCCCGGCUGGAGCAUUCGUGGCUCAGCUGUAGUUGGUCCUGCAUGGAUUUAGAACCAAGCAGCCCCUUGCUGGCUGUGCCUGUACUAGACAGUUGUUCUUUUAGGGUCUGGUUUAAUAACCCUUGCUCCUCUCAAAGCAAGUUCCCGGGGUGGGGGCAGGCACGCUCGCAUGCUCUGGCUCGCCUGCGCUUGCUUGUACUCUCAAGGUUUACAAGGCUGCGUCCUCUCUGUAAGAGCUGAAGCUGCGGCUUCCUCCUUUCUCCCACGGCCAAGCGAAGGGACCAUCCGUUGUCAGCCAGACACAACCUCUUGCUUUUUAUCCAUCUUUGGGCAAAAUGCACUGAGGAGGUGCACAGUACCCCUAGAAUUAUUUAUUUAAAUGUAUGGUGAUAUCCUCUGGAUUGCUGGCUGGGCUGAGGUUUCACUGGGUCCCCUUCCCAACCCCCUUCAUCCCCAGUUUGUUCCAUUGGUUAAUGCUAACACUAACCUCCAUAGCACAUGCUUAGUGUAGCGGCUGGCCGGUCCUCCCAUGCUCCUCGGUAACUUGUUUAGAGUCCAUGUUCUCUAUGAAUGCACUCGAUGAGAGGACAAUAAACUAUAUCCGGA